AUGGAGCAUGUGCUCCGUUCCUUAAAACUACAGCAUCCAGGGAUUACCUCAGCAUAUUUCAAGCAAGAUAAUGCUGGAUGUUACCACUCAUCGUGUACAAUUCUUUCUGCACGUGUACUUUCCUCAAGCUCCAAAAUACAGGUGAAGCAAAUCGAUUUCAGUGAUCCACAGGGGGGUAAAGGUGCAUGUGAUCGGAAGGCUGCACAAGUAAAAGCUCAUGUAAGAAGUUUUGCUAAGGAAGGAAAUUCGGUCACCUCUCCAAGCGAGUUUAAAAUUGCCAUUGAGUCACGAGGAGGCAUUCCUGGGGUGCGCGUCAUAGUCAUCAAGGUAGACGGGGCAAACACAAAAACAUUCAAACUGGAUGACGUGAAUGCCUUUAACAAUUUUGUUUUCGAUGGCCACAGGUUCAAUGCCUUCAAGGCCUACCAAGUUGGUCCUGGAAAAAUCUUCCUUUGGGAGGAGUUUCACGAAGGUAAGCACAUUUACAUCAUAAGCAGGAUUUUUAUUUCUUCUUCUUUUAUAUCACUUAUCCGUUUGAAAGUACCAUAGGUGUAAAAGACCAAUAAUGCUUGUUUCAUUGUGCUCUUUCUACAGCUCUAGUAUAUUACCGACUCUCUUAUUACUGAACGAGUAUUGUCCCUUGUUGCUUAGAGAUCACAUGCAGAAAUGCAUGAGUGGCUGCAAAUGAAAGACUCUUCCAUUUGCACUUGAAGUUCUACCGUGUUGUAAGAAAAAAAGACUUUCGACAUACUUUAUACCUUGUUAGAAAGUAUUACUAGUCUGCUAAGACAGGGUUCGAGAAUACUUCAGCUUUUGAUAAGUUAACCAUGCCUUUUUAAGUUUAACCACUCUCUGUAAAAACGAUUCGCUACUAAAAUGAAAAAUUUAUCAACCAAUAUACGUCUGUUUUGUGUGUCGGUCUCAAGUGCCGGAGGAAAUAGAUUUCCCAUGGCUAGAAAACGCGUCCUUUGGAUUUGGCGACUUUGUGCCUGUCUUUCAAAAUGCAGCUCGUGUGAGGCAGGCAAACAAUGACACUGGUGAGGCAAAUGAAGUCACCAUGGUAGGAAAUGAAGCGUCAGAUUCAAGUGAUCCAACAAGCUCUGAUUCCACUUCCCCACAUGAAGACUGUACUGAAGCUUCUAUGCCGAAAAUAUUUUCUUGUCCCGAAGAAGGGUGUAUAAAAUCUUUUCUACAUCACUCUUCACCGGAGAAACAUUGUAUUUUUAGCACUCAUAUAAGAUCGUUGGAAAAAAUUACCUUGCAAGACAGGGCAAAAUUGUUGUAUGCACAGCGUCUAAAAGAGGGCCAAACCAAACACCUUUCCUGUGUUCAGGUACACGGUAGCCCAUCGUCACCUCUGCUAGACACGGGCUGGGCGUUAAAGUCAAAGGCAAAGGUAGUAAGGUUCAAUGAAAAGCAAAAAUCGUAUCUUGAAAGCAGGUUUUAUACGGAGAAAAGUUUGGGAAAGAGGAAAGUGGAGAGGCUGUAG